AUGGAUGCUGUGCAAGUGCAAUAUCAACCGUAUACUCAAGAUCCAACAAGACAAUCUUGGAGGAAUAAUAGUUCAAACAAUGAACAACGUAGAGAUAGUAACAAUGCAACACAAUUACAAAAUUUAGGAAGAGUCCCGCAGACUGCUACAUUUCCAACAAAAACAAACAGAAAUUAUAGUCUUCCCAAUCCUCCUAAAACUGCUACUUUUCCAAAACAUUCUAACGGAUUUCCAAAAGACAUCAGACAAUCCACUUCAAGGUUUCCAACUACGCCUUCUUCAAAUUCAAGUAGCUCUCAACAUGCUUAUGCUCUAACAAAAUUUUUUCUCUUAAACUAA